CUGUGGCUCCUGGAUCCUCCUGCCUUCCCACAGGCUGAUGUGUCCUCAGCCAGGGGCAAGCGUGGGGGUUGCAGCUGAGGCCGGAAGUCUUUGAUGCCUGCAGGGAGCUGAGCCCAGAUGUUUCCACUCAGCCACUUAGGGGAGUUCCUCAGCCAGCUGGUCCCAAGAUUGGGCUGUGGGAGUCCAUAGGAAGUGUAAACCCAGCCUUUGCCCCUGUAGGAGUCCCAGCCUGCAAUCCCUGCAGGCUCAGGUGGGAAACCCCUCACUGUGGACCUUGUGCCAAGUCACCCCCUGGUGGUCCCUGGUGGACCAGAAGGGGCCAAGGGUUGUCUCCAAGGAUGCCUCUUGUGUGUGUUUACUCUGCAUUCUGGGAGGAGGAUAGCCUGGGGCAUAGUGUUCUCAUUUGGUUUCUAACUGCUGCCUGGACAAGCAGGGCAGGAAUCCUUUGCCUCCGCUGACUCAGGCUCCAAGAAUAGCCCUGAGCUCAGUGGGGCCCGAGCCCCCUCCCUCUACUACAUCUGUCCCAGGCAAGUCCAGAGCUGCUGGCCUGACAAUCCCCUCCCCAUUUUCCUGAGGCAGCCAGGACCUGGUACAGCUCUUAGGUACCUAGUCCCUCUAUUAUCUCUUUCGGCUCUGGUCCCCAUGGUGGGUGCGCAGGUAGGCUGCUCCUCCUGCACCCCGCAGUGCUUCCACAGUCAGGUUCUCUGGGAUCCCAGGGGGAAGUUGAAAGCGAGGGGCCCAAUUUUCCUUUGAGGAAGUCGCUGCCUGGCAGUCACAAGCAGGGUGCUGGGACAAGGUCUUUUAGAAGAGGGCUGUUCAGAAGUCCCCCCAGCAUCCUAGCUUGGAAGUAGCCCAAGGAACCCUUGUAUCACUAUCACCCUGCCCCACUGCCUUUCCCUCACCAUUGGUUGCCAUACGUUGCCAAUUCGGAGACAUUUGUUAAGCACCUUCUACGGCCCGGGACUGGGGCAUUGCGCAGAUCAUUCUACUUUGUGAACGGCUGGAGAGAAGAUGCUGGGCAGCGCAGAACCCUGACAGGCCCAACCCUGGGUGCUCAUGGAGGUGCAACACCCAGGCAGGGGAACAAGUGCCAAGUCUGUUGCCAAGUUUGAGCUCCUGGAGGAUGGGGCUUCAUUUCUAAGCCCAGCCUGGCCCUUAGAGGCUACAGGUGUGCUGGACACGAGAGCUUGAGUUGCUAGGAGUGGUCUGGUUCUAAGGGACCUUGCAUACCAAGCCAGGGACUCUGGUCUUUACCCUGGAGCCAUGCUGGGGAGGUGUGUUGGAGGUUACUGUGAAGAGAAGUGACUUGAUCAGAGUUGAGAUUCAGCAUGAGGACUCUCAGGCCAUAUUUCUGUAUCAGUCUUGGUGAGCUGUGCUGUGGCAGAACAGAGGUCAUGGCCACACGAACUGGAGCCAGCUGUAGGGGACACAGAACUACAUUCCCAGCAGGGCUGGGAGACGCAGAGGCACGAGUGGGUUGGAGGAGGGUAAUCUUCCAUAGUCCAGUGAGGAGUUUGGUGGUGUCCAGGGUACAGUGGGAUGUGUGGGGCUGGGACCUGAUAAAGAGGCCCUGGUUGGAAACAGAUGGGGUGAGGUAGUGACUGAGGCCAGGGAAGGAAAUGUUCAGGGAAGCUUGGGAGGGAGAAGGAUGUGCUCUGGGGGCUCCACCGCCCUGAUGGGGUUGCAGGUAGGCACUGGCCUCGGGCUGUGCCCUAGGCUGUGUGCCUCCCAGGAGGCCAGAGAUGGGGCUUCAGAGGGCCACACUCCUGCUCGUGAGUCUCAUAGAAGCUCCAGACGUGGAGUCAUUCCAACCUUACUCCUACCUUCUCAACAGCCUCUCCCAGCACCCUUUGAGAGACCCUCUCACAGCAGCUUGUCCUUUCUUUUGGAGGCACCUCAAUUCUGAUGAGGUUUGCCUGAGCACCCACCCUCCCAGCUGGGCCUCCUGUCUCCCCUAAGACUGGCCCACGUGUGCACAUAUGUCUGUACCGUACUGUCCAUGCCACUGGCCUGCUCUUGCCCGCCCUGGCUGCACGGGAGGAGGUGACAGUCUUAGGGGGAAGGGGCUGCCUGUGUGAUAACAUACCUGGUUCUCUGCAGCCCCCCACUUGGAGCACACCUUGCAGGGAUGGGGGGUCCUGGGACAUGGCUGAGGAGACCCUGACCUUGGAAUAAGGUUAUAGGCCCCAUGGGGUCACAGCACUAUGCCCUAGGAUAGUUUGGGGGGUCAGUAAUAAGGGAUAGAGCCCCAGCCUUCCUUGGGCAAUAGGAAAGCAGGCAGCAUGGAUGGUCUUCACUGCCUCCAGCUCUGGCCACACCAAGAGUCCUCGGGCUGUGCAGGAGUCCAGCCAGUGCUGUCCCCAUAUCUCCCUGUGGAUCCCAGGGGAGGCUGUGGGGCCGGGCAUAUUAGAAGGGUCCCAGCAGCCUUGGUGAGUAUAGAUGUGCUUUCUGGGGUGCCCAGAGUUAUUCAGGAUUAGCAGGAAAAAAAGGGGGAGCAGGACCCAGAUGGGGGCCUGCCCUUCUUAGCGGUGCUUCUCUGCCUUAGUGUCACCCAUCUAAUGGAGAGAUACGCAUAUACAGAGCCCCACCUCCUUCGGACAGUGGCCCUGGCCUGGUGUGUGUUGGAGGACUGUCCACAGCCUCAGAAGCGAAGCUGGGGGAGGGUGUGAAGUCAGCCUGGGUAAGGGGACAGGAGUAAGGUAGGGGGCAGUUAUGAAGCUGGAAGCUACAGGUACCACGAGGGCAGUGAGGAAAGGAGGAAGGGGCCCAAGGGGACCUUGGCCUGGUGGGGGAGAUGGGUGGCAGGGACCUACAAGAAAAGUAGAUGGAAGGAGAGGAUGCCUGUGGGUGAGGACAUGUAGGUAGGGGGACCUGGCCUGGGGCAUGGAGGGCUGGAUUCCUGAGAGAUGAGCUGUCACUGUGGGUGGUCCCGCCCUCCACAGAUGGGCGGCCCCAUCCCUGCAGGCACAGCUGGAUUGCAUCUGCCUGUGACAUGGUAGGGGAUGUGGGACACUGGGAUGUAUGCAUAAGCAUGACACAGGUUCUCUCCUCCUUCCGGCUUAUCCCCUACAAAGAGGGGGUGAGUUACUUGGAUCCAGGCCAAGGGGACCUUGGUUUCCCUAAGACCGGCCCAGAGUCACUCAUUUGCCAGGGCUUCUUGCCUGUCAAGGAGAUCCGGAUGGAGCCCAGGAGGCCCACCAGACAGAUGGCUGAAUCACAGGAGUGGCCGGCGGGACCCAUGGCCUGAGGGCUUGUCUGGGCACCCCCACCGGAUUGGGGAGACUGCAGCGGCGGCGGCGGGAGCGGGCGGACGCGCAGGAUGACGCUGCGGCUUCUGGUGGCCGCGCUCUGCGCCGGGAUCCUGGCAGAGGCGCCCCGAGUGCGAGCCCAGCACAGGGAGAGAGUGACCUGCACGCGCCUUUACGCCGCUGACAUUGUGUUCUUACUGGAUGGCUCCUCAUCCAUUGGCCGCAGCAAUUUCCGCGAGGUCCGCAGCUUUCUCGAAGGGCUGGUGCUGCCUUUCUCUGGAGCAGCCAGUGCACAGGGUGUGCGCUUUGCCACAGUGCAGUACAGCGAUGACCCACGGACAGAGUUCGGCCUGGAUGCAUUUGGCUCUGGGGGUGAUGUGAUCCGCGCCAUCCGUGAGCUCAGCUACAAGGGGGGCAACACUCGCACAGGGGCUGCAAUUCUCCAUGUGGCUGACCAUGUCUUCCUGCCCCAGCUGGCCCGACCUGGUGUCCCCAAGGUCUGCAUCCUGAUCACAGACGGGAAGUCCCAGGACCUGGUGGACACAGCUGCCCAAAGGCUGAAGGGGCAGGGGGUCAAGCUAUUUGCUGUGGGGAUCAAGAAUGCUGACCCUGAGGAGCUGAAGCGAGUUGCCUCACAGCCCACCAGUGACUUCUUCUUCUUCGUCAAUGACUUCAGCAUCUUGAGGACACUACUGCCCCUUGUUUCCCGGAGAGUGUGCACGACUGCUGGUGGCGUGCCUGUGACCCGACCUCCGGAUGACUCGACCUCUGCUCCACGAGACCUGGUGCUGUCUGAGCCAAGCAGCCAAUCCUUGAGAGUACAGUGGACAGCGGCCAGUGGCCCUGUGACUGGCUACAAGGUCCAGUACACUCCUCUGACGGGGCUGGGACAGCCACUGCCGAGUGAGCGGCAGGAGGUGAACGUCCCAGCUGGUGAGACCAGUGUGCGGCUGCAGGGUCUCCGGCCACUGACCGAGUACCAAGUGACUGUGAUUGCCCUCUACGCCAACAGCAUCGGGGAGGCCGUGAGCGGGACAGCUCGGACCACUGCCCUAGAAGGGCCGGAACUGACCAUCCAGAAUACCACAGCCCACAGCCUCCUGGUGGCCUGGCGGAGUGUGCCAGGUGCCACUGGCUACCGUGUGACAUGGCGGGUCCUCAGUGGUGGGCCCACACAGCAGCAGGAGCUGGGCCCUGGGCAGGGUUCAGUGUUGCUGCGUGACUUGGAGCCUGGCAUGGACUAUGAGGUGACCGUGAGCACCCUAUUUGGCCGCAGUGUGGGGCCCGCCACUUCCCUGACGGCUCGCACUGACGCUUCUGUUGAGCAGACCCUGCGCCCGGUCAUCCUGGGCCCCACAUCCAUCCUCCUUUCCUGGAACUUGGUGCCUGAGGCCCGUGGCUACCGGUUGGAAUGGCGGCGUGAGACUGGCUUGGAGCCACCGCAGAAGGUGGUGCUGCCCUCUGAUGUGACCCGCUACCAGUUGGAUGGGCUGCAGCCGGGCACUGAGUACCGCCUCACACUCUACACUCUGCUGGAGGGCCGCGAGGUGGCCACUCCUGCAACUGUGGUUCCCACUGGACCAGAGCUGCCUGUGAGCCCUGUAACAGACCUGCAAGCCACCGAGCUGCCUGGGCAGCGGGUGCGAGUGUCCUGGAGCCCAGUCCCUGGUGCCACCCAGUACCGCAUCAUUGUGCGCAGCACCCAGGGGGUUGAGCGGACCCUGGUGCUUCCUGGGAGUCAGACAGCAUUCGACUUGGAUGACGUUCAGGCUGGGCUUAGCUACACUGUGCGGGUGUCUGCUCGAGUGGGUCCCCGUGAGGGCAGUGCCAGUGUCCUCACUGUCCGCCGGGAGCCGGAAACUCCACUUGCUGUUCCAGGGCUGCGGGUUGUGGUGUCAGAUGCAACGCGAGUGAGGGUGGCCUGGGGACCUGUCCCUGGAGCCAGUGGAUUUCGGAUUAGCUGGAGCACAGGCAGUGGUCCGGAGUCCAGCCAGACACUGCCCCCAGACUCUACUGCCACAGACAUCACAGGGCUGCAGCCUGGAACCACCUACCAGGUGGCUGUGUCGGUACUGCGAGGCAGAGAGGAGGGCCCUGCUGCAGUCAUCGUGGCUCGAACGGACCCACUGGGCCCAGUGAGGACAGUCCAUGUGACUCAGGCCGGCAGCUCAUCUGUCACCAUUACCUGGACCAGGGUUCCUGGCGCCACAGGAUACAGGGUUUCCUGGCACUCAGCCCACGGCCCAGAGAAAUCCCAGUUGGUUUCUGGGGAGGCCACGGUGGCUGAGCUGGAUGGACUGGAGCCAGAUACUGAGUAUACAGUGCAUGUGAGGGCCCAUGUGGCUGGCAUGGAUGGGCCCCCUGCCUCUGUGGUUGUGAGGACUGCCCCUGAGCCUGUGGGUCGUGUGUCGAGGCUGCAGAUCCUCAAUGCUUCCAGCGAUGUUCUACGGAUCACCUGGGUAGGGGUCACUGGAGCCACAGCUUACAGACUGGCCUGGGGCCGGAGUGAAGGCGGCCCCAUGAGACACCAGAUACUCCCAGGAAACACAGACUCUGCAGAGAUCCGGGGUCUCGAAGGUGGAGUCAGCUACUCAGUGCGAGUGACUGCACUUGUCGGGGACCGCGAGGGCACACCUGUCUCCAUUGUUGUCACCACGCCGCCUGAGGCUCCGCCAGCCCUGGGGACGCUUCACGUGGUGCAGCGCGGGGAGCACUCGCUGAGGCUGCGCUGGGAGCCGGUGCCCAGAGCACAGGGCUUCCUUCUGCACUGGCAACCUGAGGGUGGCCAGGAACAGUCCCGGGUCCUGGGGCCCGAGCUCAGCAGCUAUCACCUGGAUGGGCUGGAGCCAGCGACACAGUACCGCGUGAGGCUGAGUGUCCUAGGGCCGGCUGGAGAAGGGCCCUCUGCAGAGGUGACUGCGCGCACUGAGUCACCUCGUGUUCCAAGCAUUGAACUACGUGUGGUGGACACCUCGAUCGACUCGGUGACUUUGGCCUGGACUCCAGUGUCCAGGGCAUCCAGCUACAUCCUAUCCUGGUGGCCACUCAGAGGCCCUGGCCAGGAAGUGCCUGGGUCCCCGCAGACACUUCCAGGGAUCUCAAGCUCCCAGCGGGUGACAGGGCUAGAGCCUGGCGUCUCUUACAUCUUCUCCCUGACGCCUGUCCUGGAUGGUGUGCGGGGUCCUGAGGCAUCUGUCACACAGACGCCAGUGUGCCCCCGUGGCCUGGCGGAUGUGGUGUUCCUACCACAUGCCACUCAAGACAAUGCUCACCGUGCGGAGGCUACGAGGAGGGUCCUGGAGCGUCUGGUGUUGGCACUUGGGCCUCUUGGGCCACAGGCAGUUCAGGUUGGCCUGCUGUCUUACAGUCAUCGGCCCUCCCCACUGUUCCCACUGAAUGGCUCCCAUGACCUUGGCAUUAUCUUGCAAAGGAUCCGUGACAUGCCCUACAUGGACCCAAGUGGGAACAACCUGGGCACAGCCGUGGUCACAGCUCACAGAUACAUGUUGGCACCAGAUGCUCCUGGGCGCCGCCAGCACGUACCAGGGGUGAUGGUUCUGCUAGUGGAUGAACCCUUGAGAGGUGACAUAUUCAGCCCCAUCCGUGAGGCCCAGGCUGCUGGGCUUAAUGUGGUGAUGUUGGGAAUGGCUGGAGCGGACCCAGAGCAGCUGCGUCGCUUGGCACCGGGUAUGGACUCUGUCCAGACCUUCUUCGCCGUGGAUGAUGGGCCAAGCCUGGACCAGGCAGUCAGUGGUCUGGCCACAGCCCUGUGUCAGGCAUCCUUCACUACUCAGCCCCGGCCAGAGCCCUGCCCAGUGUAUUGUCCAAAGGGCCAGAAGGGGGAACCUGGAGAGAUGGGCCUGAGAGGACAAGUUGGGCCUCCUGGCGACCCUGGCCUCCCGGGCAGGACCGGUGCUCCCGGCCCCCAGGGGCCCCCUGGAAGUGCCACUGCCAAGGGCGAGAGGGGCUUCCCUGGAGCAGAUGGGCGUCCAGGCAGCCCUGGCCGCCCCGGGAAUCCUGGGACCCCUGGAGCCCCUGGCCUAAAGGGCUCUCCAGGGUUGCCUGGCCCUCGUGGGGACCCGGGAGAGCAAGGACCUCGAGGCCCAAAGGGGGAGCCGGGGGCUCCCGGACAAGUCAUCGGAGGUGAAGGACCUGGGCUUCCUGGGCGGAAAGGGGACCCUGGACCAUCGGGCCCCCCUGGACCUCGUGGACCAUUGGGGGACCCAGGACCCCGUGGCCCCCCAGGGCUUCCUGGAACAGCCAUGAAGGGUGACAAAGGCGAUCGUGGGGAGCGGGGUCCCCCUGGACCAGGUGAAGGUGGCAUUGCUCCUGGGGAGCCUGGGCUGCCGGGUCUUCCCGGAAGCCCUGGACCCCAAGGCCCCGUUGGCCCCCCUGGAAAGAAAGGAGAAAAAGGUGACUCUGAGGAUGGAGCUCCAGGCCUCCCAGGACAACCUGGGUCUCCGGGUGAGCAGGGCCCACGGGGACCUCCUGGAGCUAUUGGCCCCAAAGGUGACCGGGGCUUUCCAGGGCCCCUGGGUGAGGCUGGAGAGAAGGGCGAACGUGGACCCCCAGGCCCAGCGGGAUCCCGGGGGCUGCCAGGGGUUGCUGGACGUCCUGGAGCCAAGGGUCCUGAAGGGCCACCAGGACCCACUGGCCGCCAAGGAGAGAAGGGGGAGCCUGGUCGCCCUGGGGACCCUGCAGUGGUGGGACCUGCUGUUGCUGGACCCAAAGGAGAAAAGGGAGAUGUGGGGCCCGCUGGGCCCAGAGGAGCUACCGGAGUCCAAGGGGAACGGGGCCCACCCGGCUUGGUUCUUCCUGGAGACCCUGGCCCCAAGGGAGACCCUGGAGACCGGGGUCCCAUUGGCCUUACUGGCAGAGCAGGACCCCCAGGUGACUCAGGGCCUCCUGGAGAGAAGGGAGACCCUGGGCGGCCUGGCCCCCCAGGACCUGUUGGCCCCCGAGGACGAGAUGGUGAAGUUGGAGAGAAAGGUGACGAGGGUCCUCCGGGUGACCCGGGUUUGCCUGGAAAAGCAGGCGAGCGUGGCCUUCGGGGGGCACCUGGAGUUCGGGGGCCUGUGGGUGAAAAGGGAGACCAGGGAGAUCCUGGAGAGGAUGGACGAAAUGGCAGCCCUGGAUCAUCUGGACCCAAGGGUGACCGUGGGGAGCCGGGUCCCCCAGGACCCCCGGGACGGCUGGUAGACACAGGACCUGGAGCCAGAGAGAAGGGAGAGCCUGGGGACCGCGGACAAGAGGGUCCUCGAGGGCCCAAGGGUGAUCCUGGCCUCCCUGGAGCCCCUGGGGAAAGGGGCAUUGAAGGGCUUCGGGGACCCCCAGGCCCACAGGGGGACCCAGGUGUCCGAGGCCCAGCAGGAGAAAAGGGUGACCGGGGUCCCCCUGGGCUGGAUGGCCGGAGCGGACUGGAUGGGAAACCAGGAGCCCCUGGGCCCUCUGGGCCGAAUGGUGCUGCAGGCAAAGCUGGGGACCCAGGGAGAGACGGGCUUCCAGGCCUCCGUGGAGAACAGGGCCUCUCUGGCCCCUCUGGUCCCCCUGGAUUACCGGGAAAGCCAGGCGAGGAUGGCAAACCUGGCCUGAAUGGAAAAAACGGAGAACCUGGGGACCCUGGAGAAGACGGGAGGAAGGGAGAGAAAGGAGAUUCAGGCGCCUCUGGGAGAGAAGGUCGUGAUGGCCCCAAGGGUGAGCGUGGAGCUCCUGGUAUCCUUGGACCCCAGGGGCCUCCAGGCCUCCCAGGGCCAGUGGGCCCUCCUGGCCAGGGUUUUCCUGGUGUCCCAGGAGGCACGGGCCCCAAGGGUGACCGUGGGGAGACUGGAUCCAAAGGGGAGCAGGGCCUCCCUGGAGAGCGUGGCCUGCGAGGAGAGCCUGGAAGUGUGCCGAAUGUGGAUCGGUUGCUGGAAACUGCUGGCAUCAAGGCGUCUGCCCUGCGGGAGAUCGUGGAGACCUGGGAUGAGAGCUCUGGUAGCUUCCUGCCUGUGCCCGAACGGCGUCGAGGCCCCAAGGGGGACUCAGGCGAACAGGGCCCCCCAGGCAAGGAGGGCCCCAUCGGCUUUCCUGGAGAACGCGGGCUGAAGGGCGACCGUGGAGACCCUGGCCCUCAGGGGCCACCUGGUCUGGCCCUUGGGGAGAGGGGCCCCCCCGGACCUUCCGGCCUUGCCGGGGAGCCUGGAAAGCCUGGUAUUCCCGGGCUCCCAGGCAGGGCUGGGGGUGUGGGAGAGGCAGGAAGGCCAGGAGAGAGGGGAGAACGGGGAGAGAAAGGAGAACGUGGAGAACAGGGCAGAGAUGGCCCUCCUGGACUCCCUGGAACCCCUGGGCCCCCCGGACCCCCUGGCCCCAAGGUGUCUGUGGAUGAGCCAGGUCCUGGACUCUCUGGAGAACAGGGACCCCCUGGACUCAAGGGUGCUAAGGGGGAGCCGGGCAGCGAUGGUGACCAAGGUCCCAAAGGAGACAGGGGUGUGCCAGGCAUCAAAGGAGACCGGGGAGAGCCUGGACCGAGGGGUCAGGACGGCAACCCGGGUCUACCAGGAGAGCGUGGUGUGGCUGGGCCUGAAGGGAAGCCGGGUCUGCAGGGUCCAAGAGGCCCCCCUGGCCCAGUGGGUGGUCAUGGAGACCCUGGACCACCUGGUGCCCCGGGUCUUGCUGGCCCUGCAGGACCCCAAGGACCUUCUGGCCUGAAGGGGGAGCCUGGAGAGACAGGACCUCCAGGACGGGGCCUGACUGGACCUACUGGAGCUGUGGGACUUCCUGGACCCCCCGGCCCUUCAGGCCUUGUGGGUCCACAGGGGUCUCCAGGUUUGCCUGGACAAGUGGGGGAGACAGGGAAGCCGGGAGCCCCAGGUCGAGAUGGUGCCAGUGGAAAAGAUGGAGACAGAGGGAGCCCUGGUGUGCCAGGGUCACCAGGUCUGCCCGGCCCUGUCGGACCUAAAGGAGAACCUGGCCCCACGGGGGCCCCUGGACAGGCUGUGGUCGGGCUCCCUGGAGCAAAGGGAGAGAAGGGAGCCCCUGGAGGCCUUGCUGGAGACCUGGUGGGUGAGCCGGGAGCCAAAGGUGACCGAGGACUGCCAGGGCCGCGAGGCGAGAAGGGUGAAGCUGGCCGUGCAGGGGAGCCCGGAGACCCUGGGGAAGAUGGUCAGAAAGGGGCUCCAGGACCCAAAGGUUUCAAGGGUGACCCAGGAGUCGGGGUCCCGGGCUCCCCUGGGCCUCCUGGCCCUCCAGGUGUGAAGGGAGAUCUGGGCCUCCCUGGCCCCCCCGGUGCUCCUGGUGUUGUUGGGUUCCCGGGUCAGACAGGCCCUCGAGGAGAGAUGGGUCAGCCAGGCCCUAGUGGAGAGCGGGGUCUGGCAGGCCCCCCAGGGAGAGAAGGAAUCCCAGGCCCCCUGGGGCCACCUGGACCACCGGGGUCAGUGGGACCACCUGGGGCCUCUGGACUCAAAGGAGACAAGGGAGACCCUGGAGCAGGGCUGCCUGGGCCCCGAGGCGAGCGUGGGGAGCCAGGCAUCCGGGGUGAAGAUGGCCGCCCCGGCCAGGAGGGACCCCGAGGACUCACGGGGCCCCCUGGCAGCAGGGGAGAGCGUGGGGAGAAGGGUGAUGUUGGGAGUGCAGGACUAAAGGGUGACAAGGGAGACUCGGCCGUGAUCCUGGGGCCUCCAGGGCCACGGGGUGCCAAGGGGGACAUGGGUGAACGAGGGCCUCGGGGCUUGGAUGGUGACAAAGGACCUCGGGGAGACAAUGGGGACCCUGGUGACAAGGGCAGCAAGGGAGAGCCUGGUGACAAGGGCUCAGCCGGGUUGCCAGGACUGCGUGGACUCCCGGGACCCCAGGGUCAACCUGGUGCAGCAGGGAUCCCUGGUGACCCGGGAUCCCCAGGAAAGGAUGGAGUGCCUGGUAUCCGAGGAGAAAAAGGAGACGUUGGCUUCAUGGGUCCCCGGGGCCUCAAGGGUGAACGGGGAGUGAAGGGAGCCUGUGGCCUUGAUGGAGAGAAGGGAGACAAGGGAGAAGCUGGUCCCCCAGGCCGCCCCGGGCUGGCAGGACACAAAGGAGAGAUGGGGGAGCCUGGUGUGCCGGGCCAGUCGGGGGCCCCUGGCAAGGAGGGCCUGAUCGGUCCCAAGGGUGACCGAGGCUUUGACGGGCAGCCAGGCCCCAAGGGUGACCAGGGCGAGAAAGGGGAGCGGGGAACCCCAGGAAUUAGGGGCUUCCCAGGCCCCAGUGGAAAUGAUGGCUCUGCUGGUCCCCCAGGGCCACCUGGCAGUGUUGGUCCCAGAGGCCCCGAAGGACUUCAGGGCCAGAAGGGUGAGCGAGGUCCCCCUGGAGAGAGAGUGGUGGGGGAUCCUGGGGCCCCUGGAGCUCCUGGCGAGAGAGGGGAGCAGGGGCGGCCAGGGCCUGCUGGUCCUCGAGGCGAGAAGGGAGAAGCUGCACUGACGGAGGAUGACAUCCGGGGCUUUGUGCGCCAAGAGAUGAGUCAGCACUGUGCCUGCCAGGGCCAGUUCAUCGCAUCUGGAUCACGACCCCUCCCUAGUUAUGCUGCAGACACUGCCGGCUCCCAGCUCCAUGCUGUGCCUGUGCUCCGCGUCUCUCAUGCAGAGGAGGAAGAGCGGGUACCCCCUGAGGAUGAUGAGUACUCUGAAUACUCCAAGUAUUCCGUGGAGGAGUACCAGGACCCUGAAGCUCCUUGGGAUAGUGAUGACCCCUGUUCCCUGCCACUGGAUGAGGGCUCCUGCACUGCCUACACCCUGCGCUGGUACCAUCGGGCUGUGACAGGCAGCACAGAGGCCUGUCACCCUUUUGUCUAUGGUGGCUGUGGAGGGAAUGCCAACCGUUUUGGGACCCGUGAGGCCUGCGAGCGCCGCUGCCCACCCCGGGUGGUCCAGAGCCAGGGGACAGGUACUGCCCAGGACUGAGGCCCAGAUAAUGAGCUGAGAUUCAGCGUCCCCUGGAGGAGUCGGGGACUCAGCAGAACCCCACUGUCCCUCCCCUUGGUGCUAGAGGCUUGUGUGCAUGUGAGCGUGCGUGUGCACGUCCGUUAUUUCAAUGACUUGGUCCCGUGGGUCUAGCCUUCCCCCCUGUGGACAAACCCCCAUUGUGGCUCCUGCCACCCUGGCAGAUGACUCACUGUGGGGGGUGGCUGUGGGCAGUGAGCGGAUGUGACUGGUGUCUGACCCGCCCCUUGACCCAAGCCUGUGAUGACAUGGUGCUGAUUCUGGGGGGCAUUAAAGCUGCUGUUUUAAAAGG